AUGGCUGUCCUGGUGCUGGAUGAGGGGCGAGAGCUGGCUGAAGGCUCAGCCACACUUGUGGCCAUGUGGCCGCGCUGGUGCGAGCUGUCUGAAGGCUCGGCCGCACUCAUGGCACUCGGCGGGCCUCUCCCCUGUGUGGAUGCGUUGGUGCUUGGAGAGAGACGAGCUGUGGCUGAAGGCCUUGCCGCAGUCGCUGCACUGUUAAAAUACCACAAAAGACGACACAAGAACGAGAGGCCCUAUGUCUGUACCACGUGCCCCAAAAGCUUCUUCCAGAAAUCAGACCUGACAGUGCACCUGGUGACUCACAGGAGUGAGAAGCCUUUCAAAUGCAGCUUCUGUGGCAAAGCCUUCAGCCACAGAACCAACUGGCUGUCUCACGAGCGGAUCCACACAGGAGCCAAGCCCUACAAGUGCUCUGCUUGUAGAAAGUGUUUCCGCCAGUCAUCCACAUUCCAUCGCCAUGAGAAGACUCACCAGCGUUAA